AAAAUUUGACACUGUCAAAAAAGAGAAACAAGCAGAAUUCGUACACACACUCUGUGGAAGGCAUUCUUUUUGCAAAAUCUAUUUAUUAAAAGAAAUAAUCUAACAAGAAAAACAAAAACACAAUGUCUGCCGACAAAGAGAAAACAGCCAAAGGUGAUUUGGGUUUGUUGGAGGAAGAUGAUGAAUUUGAGGAGUUCCCAGCAGAAGAUUUUAAUGCCGUAAACGAAGAUGAGGAUGAAGUCAACGUUUGGGAAGACAACUGGGACGAUGAUAAUGUCGAAGACGAUUUCAGUGUACAACUAAAGGCCCAUUUGGAAAAGCAAGCCAUGGAAACGUAAAACAGCCUCAAUAAAUCAUCAUCUCACAAAAUAAAAACAAAAACAGUUUUCAUGUUUGUUUUAAGAGUUUAAUUAUAGUAGAUUCUUUUGUAAGUAAAAUAACAUAAACAAAAAAAGAACAA